AUGUUUGAAUGCAGAACAAUCAGACUCCUUCUUUUGUUUCCAUCUAUCAAUUUGAUCGUCUGUUUUUAUUCGCUUGUUUUCAAGCGUCUGGCACUAGGUGGCAGCAGCGCUAAUACGACGAGAGAGUCCCCCAUAUAUAAAUAUCUAUCUAUCUAUCUAUCUAUCUAUCUAUCUAUCUAUCUAUCCUUCGUUAAUGCUUAUCAUUUUUAUAUCUAUCUAUCUAUCUAUCUAUCUAUCUAUCUAUCUAUCUAUCUGAGCGGCUCCCUUUCGUAUAUAUAUAUAUUUCUUUCUUUCUUUCUUUCUUUCUUUCUUUCUUUCUUUCUUUCUUUUAACUUUGUGUUUUGUUUGUUCUUUCUUUCUUUCUUUCUUUCUUUCUUUCUUUCUUUCUUUCUUUCUUUCUUUCUUUCAUUUUCUUUCUUUCUUUCUUUCUUUCUUUCUUUCUUUCCCUCUUUCUUUUUCUUUGUUUCUUCGUCUCAUUCCUUCAUUCACUCGUUAUUUCUUUCAUUCAUUCAUUCAUUCUUACUUUCUUUUUUCUCUCAUUUAUUCAUCCUUUCUUUCUUUCUCUUUCUUUCUUUCCUUCUUUCUCUCAUUCAUUCAUUCAUUCUUUCUUUUUCUCUCUUUAUUCCUCUGAUUCAUUCAUUCUUUUUUGUCUCUUUAUUUCUCAUUCUUUCUUUCUUUCUUUCUUUCUUUCUUUCUUUCUUUCUUUCUUUCUUUCUUUCUUUCUUUCUAACCCAACUCUCAUGUGACAAAUUCUCAACCAUUUCCUUUUCCCUCCUUUUCAUCGAUACUUGCUGGGAAUCAUUAACUUUAAAAAGUCUUCUACUCAUUUCAAUCAUUCACACCGCCAGUCCCCUCCACCUUCUCUCAUCUCUUCUUCCUUGA